CCUUAAUUUUAUUAUUGUUCAUUUCAGUACUAUAGCAGCUCAAAUGUCAGAUCAUACAUUUUCCAUUUUUAAAGGCUUUUUAACAGUAACCUGAAGUUAGAUUUAUAAUCCUUUUUUUCUAAGCCAUUUUUAAUUACUUUUGGUUUUGUGUACCCUUCAACCUACAGCUCUUACUCCUCUGUUUACUAUUUGCCACGAAAAAUUGUUUUCAUAGAAUAUACUGUACUGAUAUUAUUUAGUGGGCAUAUGGCAGUAUGUUGUCGUAGAUAUUGGUCAUUUUUCUACCAUAUAGCAGCUACAUGUCUGCCAUUUUACAAGAGACCUAUAUUGUUAUUAUUAAUAUUAUUAUUUCAGAUAGAACAGAGUUCUUUGCUGCCCUGUUUGCUGAACAAAGGGAAUGAUAAUGUCCUUUACAUAUUGCAAUAUCUACAGAAAUGAUCUAGUGGAAACGUUGAGAUACAGUGCUAUGAAUGAGUGGUGAUACCAUUAAGAAAAGGACACAAAGCACAUUAAUAACUGAAAUGUUGAGGUGAUUUCAUUGUGUUCUACACAUCCAUCAACAAGAAAAACCUUCAUGGAUGUGGAAUGAUUCCAUGUUCACAUUUACAGAAGACAAGCAAAUCGUAGAAACUUAAUAUAUAUAGUCCACUAAUAAUAAACUGCCGCCAUACUGCUUAGUAUUAUUCAAGCUGACGACAGGAGUAUUUAAUCAAUUAAAUAAGAAAUGAUGUUGCUACUUUAGAGAGAGAGAGAGAGAGAGAGAGAGAGAGAGAUGGUGUUGCUUCCUUAACAAUACUGAGUACCUGUCAUUUAGAUCCUGUUGAUAGCUUAAUAUUUAUCUAAUUGUAUUUAUAUUUUUUAAAGAAAAUAGUUAGGUACAUUGUCAAUACGGGAUCACUUGACAACCAACUUUACGAUUAACACUGAUGCUUGUUACGUAGCUGUUGCAACUUUUUAAUCAUCGAAUCUGAUAAGACAAUUUGAGACCCGAUGUAAAACAAAGCUGCACAACUAAAUCGUGAGGAAAAAUGUAUGUACAGCCAGAUAUAAUAUUUACGUGGUAAUUGCUUAUAACGUUGCCCCAAGAAACAGCUGAUCCAUAUUGUAUCCGUCCACAUUUUCUUAUGCGUUUUCCAUUUUCCAAGCUGUCAAGCGUGAACAAUCCCGUAAGAAAUAUAAUUUAUUUUGCCUCUAACUCUUCAUUGCUGUCGAGUAGAAAUUUCAUGUAGUGGCUAUUUAGCACCUUGUGUACGUCCUGUCAGAUCACAAAACGCCAUACGUCAGUACACGAGUGAUUUUUUCAUAAAAUCACUCGCACUUGGCAUGCUACGACUUCAUGUUUCGUCAGCGAAGUGACCAGUAGUAAUAAGAACAGAUAGGAUAAUAUAUUUGAUGAUAACCUACUGCUGACCGCUGUUUAAGUGGCUUUUCAGAUAAGCGGUUUGUAAGGGUGCUUAUGAAUUGAACUUGUAACAGCUGGCUAAGUGGUUGUUUUUAUAGUUUGAAUUACAGGAUGUCUGAGAAGCGACUUGCACGAUGGUAUUUUGGAGGCCUAGCUUCUGCAGGUGCAGCAUGCUGUACACAUCCACUGGACCUUCUAAAGGUGCACUUGCAAACACAACAGGAAGGAAAACUUUCGAUGGCUCGCAUGGCAGUGACAAUUGUCCGGAAACAAGGACUGUUUGCUUUGUACAAUGGGCUUUCAGCUUCCCUUCUUAGGCAACUCACUUACUCAACAACGCGAUUUGGUAUUUAUGAGGUGACAAAGCAGGCUGUCGCCCCAUCUGGUGAAGCAAUACCUUUUUACCAACGAAUUGGAAUGGCAGCAGUUGCUGGUGCUGCUGGAGGCUUUGUUGGCACCCCUGGAGACCUGGUUAACGUACGCAUGCAGAAUGACAUCAAAUUAUCUCCUGAAUUACGAAGAAACUACCGCCAUGCCCUAGACGGAGUGGUUAGAGUUCUUCGUGAAGAAGGUCUACGGCGGCUGUUCUCAGGGGCAUCCACUGCCACUGGUCGCGCUGUACUCAUGACUAUUGGACAACUCUCUUUCUAUGAUCAAUUCAAAAUGUUGCUACUAACAUAUGCUGGCAUGUCAGACAACCUCAGCACACACUUUCUUGCUAGUCUUUCAGCAGGUGCAGUAGCAACAACACUCACUCAGCCAUUAGAUGUGAUGAAGACAAGAGCAAUGAACGCAAAGCCUGGAGAAUUCAAGAGCUUAUGGCACAUAGCCACGUAUACUGCCAAACUUGGUCCACUGGGUUUCUUCAAGGGUUAUGUUCCAGCAUUUAUAAGACUUGGGCCACAGACAAUUUUAACAUUUGUGUUCCUGGAACAACUGCGAAAAAAUUUUGGGGUAUUGGCACUACCUCAGUAAUAAGUUACCUUAUUUCUGGUCAAUAGGUUAUAUUUACAUCACAAAAGAAUGGAAGUAAUUAGCUGUUUAACCACUGGAGUAAGUGUACUACUUGCCAGUUUGACUUCUACAGUGCGAAGAAUACUUGAGAAUCAAAGGGUUUACAUGGUAAACUUUAUGAAUUUAUCAGUUCCAAACUAUGAACAUCAAAACAUAGAAUACCAAAGUACAUUAAAAACAAUUAACAGAUUUUUCCUCAUUUAGGACACACAAAAAUUCCCAUAAUCAGUUUUUCUAUCUUGCAGGUGAAAUGUUAACAGUUACUGUCAUGAUUGGUCAUAGAAGGAAAUCACAAUUUUAAUUCCAUUGAAACAUCAUUAUGAAUUAAGACCUUUGUUGUUCUCAUUACCAUAGUUGUUAUUCUCACACUUUUUUUACGUUUCUUGUUUACAGUUUUUACCGACAUAAAAUUAUCACUUCACACAAACAAGGACAAUCGUUGUCAAAUAUUUGCCUCAUUCUGAGAUAUUGUUGCUAUUGUGUAUUGCCUCUUCUUCAAGUAACAUAUCUUUGAUGGUUCUUCCAGGUAAAGUAAGUAAUGUAAGUGUAGAAUAAUAAUGGAAAUUUCUGGAUGGAACAAUAAUCAAAAUAAGGAAAAGGCAGACAGUUACCUAUAGCAGACUGAUGUAUGGGGCAUAGAAACAUGUAACAGAAAAACAGUAUUCACAGUACUUUAAGAGCACUUGCUUCUUUUCCAAGCAAAAGUUCACAAACACAAACACACACACACACACACACACACACACACACACACACACACACUUCUGCGGCUACAGUUUGCUUCUCUUGUAACACAUACAUGCACCCAUAUCUUAAAUGACAUGCAUUACAAGUGCAACAUCCAGUGGUUAAACAAUGUGAAUCUAUUUUGAUAUUUAUAUUUAUUAUGUAGAUUUUAUUUCUAUUUGUUUUGAAAGUCUGUAAUAUUUAUUUAAUUUUUAUAAAAGAGAUUAUGGUAUAUUAUUGGUUCAGCAAGUUUCUAGAUGUCUUCCAUACAAUAAAUAGAUUUUUUGCUCUGAGUUAUUGAUGGACUCUACUUAGUAAAGGUUAAUAGUGUGUGAAUGUGUUAAGUUUUCAGAGUCUAAUGCUUUUAUUGUAGUAAAUGGUACAGUUACCCUUUUUUCAUUUGUUUCUCUAAGUAAACAAUUGAAUAAAAGAAUUAUCUAGCUUAUAGUUCACUCAGUUUUUAUUAUUGUUAUGAGGCUUUAAAGAAAGGGGAAAUGUUGCAAUAAUAGUAAUAAUAAUAAUCGUGUGGUAGACUGAAAUGGAGUAGCUGCUAAUACCUAGUGACAUGGUCUGAUGUGAUUAUUGUAGAAGCAAUAGUAUUAGACUGAUUUUAAUUAUCCAUCCAUAAGAGACUGCAAAAUUUUUGUGAAAAACUUGCUACUUGUUGAAAAUAUUUUCAUCAAAUUUUUAAACAUCAAAUAACUGAAGUCAGUAUUGUUUGAAGUUGUAAACUGUGUAAUAUAUGUAUUACUUUUCAAUUAUGUGAUACAUGUAUCUUGUAUGUAAUAAGGAAACAGAACAACAUAAUAUGGUGCCAUGACUUUAUACCUGUGACUGUGUUAAUGACAUUGCAAUAUGCUAUAUGCCUGUAUACAAUUUACGUCUUGUGGCUGUCUCUAUGAUUUCCUCUUUAUGUGUCUGGCAGAAGUAUUAUAGUUUAAUAAACUGCCUAUUGUCUUUUUUGUGAAAGAAUAUUUCAUAUUUUUACUUUUAUCAUAUGGUGUUCAGAUGCUGCUCUCUCUCUCUCUGUUUCUGCUGCACACAAUUAUAUGCUAAGAAUUUACAGUGAUGCAUUUGUUUGUAUUUAUGCAAUAUAAUAUGCAUGAAGGUGCUAUUACAAACAAGAGCCAAAAUGUGACAGUUAUUCAUAUGUUGGGGUUUCCAGGAGAAACUAAUUCUAUGCAAAACCUUAUAUUUGAAGCAGAGGAAUAAAACAAUUUUGUCACAUUGGGCUCUUAAUCCAUAAUUGGACCAAUGAUCAGAACAGCAGUUUGAAAUGCUGCUGUAAAUGUGUGUAAGCAUUAAAAAGAAACGGUGUUGGGAUUCCAUGGGUCAUGGUGUGACAAUGUAUUUAAAUCUGAAAUGUAGAAUUUAAUUUCCAUUGUUUUUGUUUAUUGAACAAGUUAAUUAUUAAAUAACAAUGCGUAGUGAUUGAUUUAGAGAUUUAUACUUUCAUAAUGACUGGAGUAACUACAACAUCUGUCUGUAGGUUUCAAGAAUGUUGCAAGGUGAAACUGUGUAAGAUCUACCAGGGAAUCCUGAGACUUUGUAGUAAGAUUUUGGAAGUUAUCAGAAUUAAUAGGUUAUAUGAGCAUUUAAUUGUGUUUUAUGCUUGUCCUUAUUAUGUUUCACAGUACUUUGCCAAGUGAGGUCACUGUAAUUUCCUUAUAUCCGAAUGUGUCCCUGUUUUACCGGAUUACACCAUUCUAAAUGAACUUUUGUUGUGCAAAUCACUAUUUGCGAUAUGUUCUGUGUAGUGUUAGGACAAAAAGCUCUGUAUGUAACAACUGUAAAUGUCAGUAACAGUUGACAGCAUGAAAUUCUAUGGUGCCAUUCCACCAGACACAUCUGAGUAAAACAUAGUAUUCAUCCAAGAUGAUAUAUUCUGAGGCAUCAUAAUUGUGAAAACAGUAGAAACCACAUUGCUCAAUCAUAAUAUAAAUUGUCAGUAACAUAUUGACUGUAACAAAGUGUCCAGAUGUAAUGCAUUAUCUUUGUUUUUCAUAUACGUACCAGUCUUAAAAAAAAGAGCUCUUCUAUUCACAUUGCAUUUGAAGAAGUAUUACAUGUAAAUUCAUGGAACAUCACACACACUGAGAAAUAUUACAUGCCUUAAAAAUUAAAAAAAAAAUUAUAUUAAGACCUUUGAGAAAACUUCCACCAUGACAGGAACACAGUACUUAAAAUUUCUCAUGUUUGAUCCCAAAUUGUUACAUACAAGAGUUCAUUUAAAUAAAGUAAGUAUUAUGAGUGUUCUUGUACACUGGUUUUCAUGACAUGUAAGGGAUUAGAACUUUUAUUGUAAUUUUUAGUUUACUGUAAUAUCUGCAUUUGAAAACCUUGAAUUAAUGCGGUGCGAGAAAUUUUUCUUUAAAUUGUGACCGCAAACUUCCUUUGUAGUAAAAAGUUGUUAAUACACAUUUUUAUGGUCUUCACUUCUUGUAUUUCCCUAACUGUUUCUGUGUCUGUUUGAGAGAAGAACGUAAAUUUUGUAAUGUGAUGAAUAUAAACCAAAGGGAAAAUGUAGACAGUGGAAUAAUAAUAGUGAGCAAAUAUGACUGUUGUGUUAUGUAUGGAAAUAAGUGUAAAGCAUUUUAAAGUAGUGUCAUUAAUACCUUUGUACCGUGUUACUUUGUAGUCUAUAGACAUAAAGUGAAAAUUAUUGACUUUCUCAAUUUUAUUGAUAGAAGUUUAUUUGCAUGACAGCCAGUAGCUAGAGACUGGUUACAAUGUAUUAAUUUAUUCAAGAACACGUGUUAGUCAUUACAAGAAAUUGAUUGUUGCAGAUAACUUGAUAUGUGCUGUAGAAAAUUGGCAUUGUGUUCUUAAAAUGAAUAAUUUAUUUUUGUCUCCAAAUUGUGGGACCAUUAUUCUCAGGAAAAUAUGUUAAACAUUAGUUUAGAUAUCCAGUACACUUUUCUUGGCAGUUAUUGUAAACCAGUAAUUACUGCUCCUUUUGUUGUAUUCACUGUAAAUUUACUUUAGUUAGUUUGCUGUUUUUAAGGCCAUCAUUUUCCAAAAAAUGAAAAAAUUGGUUUUUUCACUUUAAUAUGGCUCUUGGAUAGAUUUAAUAAACAUGGCUUCCUGUUACUACUAAAAUAUAAAUAGUUAUUUUGUCUUUAUACACCUCAUUGUCAAACAUGAUUGGAUUGAAUGAACAAAAAAUUGGUAGUUUUUGCAACCAUGCAUAUUGAAGAAUGUUAUAUGGAACAGUAAUUAAUUUUCCAGUCUUCUAAUUGUGGGACCAGUAUUCUCAGGAAAAAUUUCUGAUACAUUCAGAUCUUUCACUUUAUUUUUUUUUUUUUGCACUUUUGUUAGAUUAUUUAUAUUUGUAAACCAAUAAUAAUUGCUCCAUAUUGCAUUCACUUCCCUGCUACUUUAAUAAUAAUGUUUUAAAAUCACACAUUGCUAUCCAAAUGUUUGCAAGUUUAUGACCCCCAUAGAUAAUGACAAAAGUGUAAUAAGGAGCAGAAUUUAUCCAAUGGUUCACAUAGGAUUGUCACUUAUGUGAUAAUUGAACAAUAUAAAUGAAGACACUGACACAAAACCCAGAAAAGUUUAAAUGAAUUCUGACCUCAUAACAACCUGAGGAUGACAGUUAGGUGUCAUAGAAAGAAAGGUGCCAUUUUAUACUUUGUUUUGUCUUCCUACAUACAUGAACAGAAAAUACAAUUAAGUUAUCAUAUACAUGAGAUGAUAAAAAAAAUGUUAGCCACACUGAGUAAUGGAAAUAACUGUGAAACAUAGUGUAUAUCAGUGUCCUGCUACAUAGAGAGAGAUGAGUUAAAUUUCGGGCAAACAUAGGCUUUUCAUUUGAAUAUCUAAUUUUCUCAAUAAUUAUUAUUGAUUUUUGUGUGCUGCAAGGGAGUUUGCUAUACUAACCCACUUAACAUGUACAAUUUUUUAUAGUGUAGCAAAACUGUUUCUUGAAUCAUCCACUCAUUUAGUAGAAUGACUCAUUAUAUCCAUAUAUUGUUGAUCGUGUAUGUUCAGAAAUUUUUAAUGUUAGUACUGUUAUCAGGUGACUGGGGACUCUCAGUUCAAAGUAUUAUUCUAUUUGUCAGUAGUACAGAUUUUGUUGCAUUUGUCCUUCUCAUUAAAACUUAAUUAUUUUUGUUGAUCUUUGUGAAUUUCAUUUUUACAUUUACUGUUGACUAUAUUAAAGUUUAUGAUUGUGUCUUUAAAUUAAACAUAAAGAAUGUAAAAUAAAGUUUAAUUGCAGGGCACAGUUUUGUCUUAUUCAUACUGUAAAACUGGUUAAUAGUUUGAUUGGUUCUGAUUUCAUGCAUGCAUUUUCUGUACAGUCAUGUUUCAGUUUUUGUGUGUGGAAGUUUGCCUCCUGAGAAACUGUUUAAAUUGCCAAAAUGUAGUGCAGGUAAGGAAUAAUUAGUCAAUUGUACUUGCUGUCACUUCUGGGUGAUACUGGCCUUCAUAUGCAGUAUUGUUUGAAAACAUCUUUCAGAUUUACAAAGCUAUAUAUAUAAAUGUUGUAUUUCAUAAAUCAAUUGUUGACAACUAUUAUUGUUAUAAACAUGUAUUCAUCAAAAAUUUUGUAUAUUUUCUUUUGACUGUACACCAUUAAUUUUUUUGUAAUUAUUUGUUGAAAAUGAACAGAGUUGUUAUCCCCAGCAAGUUGCUUGCAUUUAUUGAUGAAAAAUGUAUUUGUUAUUAAGCAGAAAAGUGUCACUAACAGAUGUUAUUUUGUGCACCCGGUGAAAUAAAUGUGCAACAUUUACAACA